CUAAGAAGGACAAGGCUGCUGUGUGAGCUGCUGGUAGAGCUGAGCCACUGCAGCCGCUGGCUGGGCUUCAGGCUCCGGGGCAUGCCUGGGAAUCUGCCCAGGAAGCGCUGUGAAAGAGGAGUUUGUUGUAAGGCUUGACCCUGGCUCUGUGCAACACCCCUGCCCUCCGCCCGCCGUAUAAAGCCGGGCUGCCGUCAUGCCAGGCGUUUGAACGGGGGAGCGAGAGCCAGCGGCAGCCAGCCGGGACCGGGAUUCUGUUUCGCCGACGGAGCAGCUCAUGGCUUCGGUGUUCAUGUGCGGGGUGGAGGAUCUGCUGUUCAGCGGCAGCCGCUUCGUCUGGACCGUGACGGUGGCAGCGCUGAGGAGGUGGUACGCUGCCCGGCUGCGGGCAUGCCGGCAAGCCCUGCGAGCAUGGUGCGGCCUCCGGGAUGUCUACCAGAUGACAGAAGGCCGGCACUGCCAGGUGCAUCUCCUCGAUGACAGGAACUUGGAGCUGCUGGUUCAGCCCAAACUUUUGUCUCGGGAGUUACUGGAUCUGGUGGCCUCACACUUCAACCUGAAAGAAAAGGAAUACUUUGGGAUAACGUUUAUAGAUGACACAGGUCAGAGUGUCUGGCUGCAGCUGGAUCACAGAGUUCUGGACCAUGACUUGCCCAAGAAACCAGGCCCAGCAACUUUGUACUUCGCCGUUAGGUUCUACAUUGAAAGCAUUUCCUUUCUCAAGGACAAAACCACAGUGGAGCUCUUCUUUCUGAAUGCCAAGUCCUGUGUACACCAGGGGCAGAUUGAAGUGCAAAGUGAGACCGUCUUCAAAUUGGCAGCCCUGGUUUUGCAGGAAGCUAAAGGGGACUAUUCCAGUGAUGAAAUCACCAGAAAAGACUUGAAGACACUGCCUGUCUUUCCUACCAAGACAUUACAGGAGCAUCCUUCACUUGCUUACUGUGAGGACAGAGUAAUUGAGCAUUAUAUACAGAUUAAAGGGCUGACCAGAGGACAAGCCAUUGUUCAGUACAUGAAAGUGGUAGAAGCUUUGCCAACAUAUGGAGUUCAUUACUACGGAGUAAAGGAUAAACAAGGAAUCCCGUGGUGGCUUGGAAUAAGUUACAAAGGAAUAGGCCAAUACGACUUGCAAGACAAAGUCAAGCCCAGAAAACUCUUUCAAUGGAAGCAGCUGGAAAAUCUCUAUUUCCGUGAAAAGAAAUUUGCUGUGGAAGUCCACGAUCCCCGCAGAAUUUCAGUGUCAAGAAGGACCUUUGGUCAGAGUGGACUGGUAGUGCAAACCUGGUAUGCAAACACUUCCCUGAUCAAGUCCAUCUGGGUGAUGGCAAUCAGUCAACACCAGUUUUACUUGGACAGAAAGCAAAGCAAAGCAAAAAUUCCUUCAGCCAGAAGUUUGGACGAUAUCGCCAUGGAUCUGACGGACAUGGGAACACCAAAAGUUUCAAAGCUGGUGACUUUGGAGGCAAAGAACCAGCUUAUUAUGGCCAGCAAUGGCAGUUUGAUCUCAUCAGGCUCUCAGGAUUCAGAGGUCAGUGAAGAACAGAAGAAAGAGAAAAUCAUGGAACUAAAGAAGAAAGAGAAACUCCUUCAGGAAAAACUGCUUCAGAAAGUUGAGGAGCUGAAGAAAAUCUGCCUACGAGAGGCGGAGCUGACAGGCAAGAUGCCCAAGGAGUAUCCUCUCAGUGCUGGAGAGGAACCUCCCCAGGUCAGAAGACGUGUUGGCACAGCAUUCAAGCUGGAUGACAACCUGCUCCCAAGUGAAGAGGAUCCCACUUUGCAGGACUUGGAAAGCAAUUUUAUCAUCCAGCAGAAGCUGGUGGAAGCUGCAAGGAAACUUGCCAGUGAGCCAGACCUCUGCAAAAACGUGAAGAAGAAAAGAAAGCAAGAGUAUGCUGAUGCUGUAAAAAAGCUGCAAGAGAUAGAAAACUCCAUAAAUGAGUACAGGAUCAAGUGUGGCAAAAAACCCACCCAGAAGUCAACCCUUACUCUGCCAGAUGAUAUCAUUCCAUCUGAGAGCAGCUCCCUGUCAGAUACAACCACCUAUGAUGAUGUCAGUGAAUCACUUCCUGUGUCAGCACAGAGACCCAGCUCUGCACAGCUUUCUCCGAGGCUUCCUCCACCAAAGUCCCUUGGGGUGGAGAGAAUUCAUCUCAGAAAGUCAUCUGUAAAUGACCAGCUCUUGGAUACCAGACACUCCAGGGACCCACUUUCAACUCACAGCAGUCCCUACCGAACCCUGGACCGGCCACCCCAGCCCCACGGUGGGAGGAGCAUGCCUACAACCCCUGUGCUCACACGCAACGCCUACAGUAGCAGCCACUUACAGCCAGACGUCCCCCCGCACCACUGCCGGCAGCGCAGCGGGAGCCUGGAGUCCCAGACACACCUGCUGUCCGAGGCGCCUGCCGAAAAGGCGACCUUCACCCUCUCCAAGUCCCAGCGGAGCAGCAGCACAGAGAUCCUCGAUGACGGAUCAUCCUACACUAGCCAGUCCAGCGCAGAGUAUUACUGUGCCACACCCACUCCCAAUCCUUAUUAUACCACUCAGACGCUCGACAACAGGACCAGGGGUCGAAGACGCUCGAAGAAACAGAACAUUUCUGGGGCGGGCUCCGGAAGCAUGCCGAAUCUUGCCCAGAAGGACGUCCGCAACGGCGUCUACCACAAAACCCAGGAGCAGCCUUCUUCCAGUUACUAUAUUUCUGGCUAUUCCCCGUACACCGAGCCAGAGGUUUAUUACAACGGGGGGUAUGUUUAUGAGAGUGACACGGAGGGACAGUACAGCGUCAACCCUUCCUAUCGCUCCUCGGCGCAUUACGGAUACGACCGUUACCGGGAGCUCAGGUCCUACCAAGAGGACGAAGUGGACAGAGUUCCGCACAACCCCUACGCCACCCUGCGGCUUCCGAGGAAGCAGGCUGUUAAAACGGAGCACAUAACCAAAAACAUUCACAAGGCCUUAGUAGCAGAGCACCUCCGUGGCUGGUACCAGCGUGCCUCCAGCCAAAAGGAACAGGGUCAUGGCCUGCAGGCAGGCUUUGAUUCUGACAGAGGAUCUCAAAGGAGUUUGGGCUUUGCUGGUCUGCAGGUGCCAUGCUCUCCUAGCAGUCGGGUAUCGUCUUUCUCUUUAGCAUCUUCAGCCAACGCUGCUGGGAACUGGCGGAACCCCCUUGCGCUGGGACUUUCCGACUACGAUACGUUGUCUCAUUCCUCCUACUCCAGCUGUUAUGGGAACGUUUAUGGCAACCUCCCUUUGCAGAGCAGAGGGUAUGCAGAGACAAGCCAACUGGGUGGUGAUGAAGAGAGCCAGUUGGAAGAGGACUUGCACAGCAAUGAGCAGAGGUUAUUUUGGCACGAGGAUUCAAAGCCUGGCACGUUCGUGUAGACUGUCCUCAGCCCCACGUUUGUACCCUUGCGUGCCUUGCACAGAACGCUGUGACCCCGAGGCAGACCUCGGCUGGAACUUCCAAACAGAUCACGAAAAGGAAGCAGGCUGUUUUGCUGGGAAAGGUUAAAUUCAGCAUUAAAAGGGACUGCAGCAAAAUUACAAGUUCUUAGCCCUGACUGGCUUUUGUUUUUUUCCUGAAUCCAGAUAGCCUACACGAGCAAGGCCAAGCCGCAGUUUAAUCUAUGGUGAGAUGCAGCACUUGGUUGAAGUAUUUAUACUUAACAAGCACUUUUUGGGAAGGCUGGAAGGUGUUGAAGGCAAACCUCAGAGAAAACAAAAAAUGUGAAAAGGAGACUCUUAAUGGAACCCCCAGGAAUUCUAGGAGCACAAUUCUGACGUCUGAAAGAGCAAGAAGCAAAAAUUUAUUCUGCCAUGGCUUAUGAUGAUCUGGAAGGACUUUCAUAGGCUUAUGAAGGAUAGAUACUGUGUGUGUGAGUGAGGCAAAGGGUGACUUAAACAGUAUUGGAACAUUACUUGAAGGAAGGCUGGAUUUUAUUAUUAUUAUU